CACUUUAUCAUAUAAUCUCGCGAGGAAGACGAUCACAGUCCCUGGUGGUGGUUACUAGUUACACUCCGUACGUCUUCCUAAUUUGCACAUACAUUACAUAAAAUGAACUCCCAAGAGCGCCUUAUACCGGGCAGACUCGGAUUCGGAUCCCCCGAACCCGCGAGUUCCGUAAGACAUCUCCAGCAAAUCCAUGCCUACGUCGUCAAAACUCGGCUUCUUCCUCUCGCAACCCAACCGCUACUCCUCUUCUCUCCCUCCCAAGGUCCCAAACCCGACGUCGUCGUUUCUUCUAUCCACGUGUGCCAUAUCUUAAACCAAUUGGACAACCCACGACUCUGCCUCGACCUUUGCAACGCCGUCGUUCGGAACCUUUCUUCCAAUAACAACAGCAGCAGCAGCAGCAGCAGCAGCAGCAGCAGCAGCAGCAAUGGCAGUCGCCGUAAUUCUCUGGCUGCCCUGUUGCUGUUUCGCGAGAUGCUUCUGAACGGUGUCCUUCCAAAUAACUACACUGUACCUUACGUCCUCAAGGCGUGUGCCCAGUCUCACGCGCUCAAAGAAGGCGUGCAGAUUCACGCGUAUUCCAUCAAGACUGGGUUGCUCCUCUCCAAUGCCUACGUCAAGAACACGCUCAUGAGGCUCUAUGCCGUUUGUGGGCUUGUCGAUGCUGUGGAAGCUUUGUUUGCCGAACCCUGUAACCUGGACGUGGUCUCGUGGACUAUACUCAUUCAGUGUUACGUCAAGAUGGGUUUUCCAACACUGGGCGUUAUGGCUUUCUUUGAGAUGUGCAAAGCCAAAGCGAAAGCUGAUGAGAAAACGGUGGUCAUUGUUCUCUCGGCUUGCUCUAAGCUCGGAGACUUGAGCUUGGGCAGGAAACUCCAUGGCUAUAUUCGUGAUAAUGGGGUGAGCUCUGACGUCUUCGUGGGCAAUGCGUUGAUCGAUAUGUAUCUCAAGUGUGGAGAUGCUGCUUCCGCACGUGAGUUGUUCGACGGUAUGCCUGUAAGAAAUGUUGUUUCUUGGAAUUCCUUGAUAUCAGGGCUGGCUCAUCAAGGGGAAUUCAAGAAGGCAUUAAAUAUGUUUCGGAAAAUGCAGAAAACAGGCCUUGAACCAGAUGAUUUUACUUUAGUUGGUGUUUUGAAUUCGUGCGCAAAUCUUGGUGUUCUUGAGUUGGGAAAGUGGAUUCAUGCAUAUAUAGAUAAAAAUCAGAUUGAGGCAGAUGGGUUUAUAGGGAAUGCUCUCGUUGACAUGUAUGCCAAAUGUGGAAGCAUAAAAGAAGCUUAUAAAGUGUUUCGAGAAAUGAAACACAGGGAUGUAUAUUCAUGCACUGCCAUCAUUGUUGGAUUAGCCAUGCAUGGGGAAGCAAAUAGGGCAUUGGAGGUCUUCUCCGAGAUGCCUAGAAUGGGAAUAAAUCCAGAUGAGGUAACAUUUAUCGGAGUUCUCGCAGCAUGUAGUCAUGCAGGCCUUGUGGUUGAAGCCCAGAAGUAUUUUAAGGACAUGGAAUUUGUGUACGGACUUAAGCCUCAAAUGGAACACUAUGGCUGCAUGGUCGACCUUUUAGGCCGUGCAGGAUUGAUAGAUGAGGCAGAGAAGUUCAUCCAAAAUAUGCCAAUUGAGCCUGAUGCCUCUGUUUGGGGAGCCCUUUUGGGAGCUUGUAAGAUCCAUGGGAACGUUGAACUAGGAGAAGAUGUGAUGAAAAAACUAGUAAAGGUAGAGCCAGAUGGAGAUGGUGCAUACGUGCUCAUGUCAAAUUUAUAUUCCUCUGCAAAUAAAUGGACGGAAGCAGUGAAGUUGAGAAAGGCAAUGAAAGAAAAGAAUAUGAAGAAAAAUCCUGGAUGUAGUUCAAUUGAGCUCGAUGGUGUUGUUCAUGAAUUUCGGAAGGGUGACAAAUCACAUCCGAAAAGUAAAGAGAUAUACAAACUGCUGGAAGAAAUCAGGAGGCAGUUAAACAACUAUGGGCAUUUAGCACAUGCAAACCUGCUGUUCUGAUGUGAAUGAAGAAGAAAAAUUAGCCAAAUGUUAAAAAUAAGUUGAAAUGGAAAAGGCUUAUGCUCAUUUGUUGAUCAAAUUCGAGUGCUUUUUUAAUUAUUCAGUUCAUCAACUUUUAUUAUUCAGUUCAUCAACUUUUGGAAUUAAUUUCAUAUAAAGAUUCAAUCUUGCAUUCCACACAUGAUCUCGACCUUGAGCUGCAAUCUGAUGGAGCUGGUAUAAAGAAGUAUGACCCCAGAGUUGACCCUUUACUUCAUUAUCAUCGUUAGUAAAAGGUGACGUUUCUUGGCCAUAUUUUACCAAAAGUAACCAUAUGACAGAGAAGUAAUCUUUUAAAGUGAAAAAAGGAGUCCUGAUUCGGGGUUGGGACUUAUGAGAAAGAAAGUAGCCCCAUUUAGUGUAUUUGGGAUUGUUCAAUAGGAUAGCAGAUACACAUUUUCAAAUUUUUAGACAGAAGUUCAAGGGGAUGACUCAUCACAAAAUUAAGUUGCCCCCUGAAAAGUGUAUAGUCUGAUGCUUACGAAAGUGUCUUUGAAAGUUGAGCACAGAAGGGCAUGGCGACGAAGAUAAACGCCACAAGAUUAUGCUCUUUCAUUAGGCAAGCACUCGCAUUCAAUAUUAAUGAGUAGUUUAUGAAAAGCUAUAAGAAAAAAUGUUGAAACUUGUUACUGUUUCAUUUCGAAUUUUAUUUUAUGUAGUUGUUUGCUGGUUAGGUUGCUAUCUGAUUGUUGUAUUGGCUGUAUAUUUGAUAUUUUGUGUUGGACCGACACUACUGUAUGCUUCUACAGUGUCAUUUAAAAGCUUUUGUCUUCUUUGUUGAAA